AUGCAAAAGUCUCAGCCCGAUCAAUUUAAAACUGGCAAAGUAUCAUACAUACUUUCACCCCCUAUUUUACCCACUUUGGGGUGAGAAUGUUCAAAAACCUUUCUAAAGGGACGUUUACGUCAUAAUAUCCAUCGGAUGCAUGCCAAAUUUCAACCCGAUCGAUUUAAAACUGACAAUGUCUCAUACAAACUUUCAUCCUCUAUUUUACCCACUUGGGGGUGGAAAUUAUCAAAAUCCUUUCACAGCGGAUGCCUACGUCAUAACAUCUAUCUGCAUGCCAAAUUUCAACCCGAUCGGUUUAAAACUGACAAAGUCUCUUACAAACUUUCAUCCCCUAUUUUACCCCCAUUGGGGGUGGAAAUUAUCAAAAUCCUUUCACAUCGGAUGCUUACGUCAUAACAUCUAUCUGCAUGCCAAAUUACAACCCGAUCGGUUUAAAACUGACAAAGUCUCAUACAAACUUUCAUCCCCUAUUUUACCCCCUUGGGGGUGGAAAUUAUCAAAAUCCUUUCACAGCGGAUGCUUACGUCAUAACAUCUAUCUGCAUGCCAAAUUUCAACCCGAUCAGUUAAAAACUGACAAAGGUUCAUACAAACUUUCAUCCCCUUUUUUACCCCCUUCGGGGUGGAAAUUAUCAAAAUCCUUUCUUAGCGGAUGCCUACGUCAUCACAUCUAUCUGCAUGCCAAAUUUCAACCCGAUCGAUUUAAAACUCACAAUGUCUCAUACAAACUUUCAUCCCCUAUUUUACCCACUUGGGGGUGGAAAUUAUCAAAAUACUUUCACAGCGGAUGCCUACGUCAAAUUUCAACCCGAUGUCAAAUUUCAACCCGAUCGAUUUAAAACUCACAAUGUCUCAUACAAACUUUCAUCCCCUAUUUUACCCACUUGGGGGUGGAAAUUAUCAAAAUCCUUUCACAGCGGAUGCUUACGUCAUAACAUCUAUCUGCAUGCCAAAUUUCAACCCGAUCAGUUAAAAACUGACAAAGUUUCAUACAAACUUUCAUCCCCUUUUUUACCCCCUUGGGGGUGGAAAUUAUCAAAAUCCUUUCUUAGCGGAUGCCUACGUCAUAACAUCUAUUUGUAUGCCAAAUUUUAGCCCAAUCUGU